UUUCGUUUUUGUUGCUUUGACACAAGCGUCGCAGACUCUUGCAAAGGCACUGCAGCCCAAACAUGUCGGCGUACGUCGUGGACAUCCAGGCUCAGGUGGAGUCUGUCCUGGCUGCAUUGGUCAAAGUAGCCGCGGUGGAGUUGACCAAACUGUUCGAGAGCAGAUGCCCGACCUCGGCUUUGGAUGAUCAGCUGGGCCGCGCCAAGGACGGAAAGGAAAAUGGAACCGCGGAGAGUUUAUCGACAGAAGACAGUAAACGCAGCAUCGGCGUGCAAGUGGACGAAGACAUUUCUCCACAGCUCCAGUUAUCUGGUCUCCCACUCCUCUCAGAUUGGGAUUGUUUGAGAGAGUGCAGGGAGGAGGUGGUGGUGAAGGGGGGCCUCAUUCCAUCAGAUCUCCUCCUGGCUGAAGAUAAUGCCCAUAGUGACCCCGAGCGGUCACCUCUGAAGGAACAGGUUGUUGCAGAGACUGUGGAGAUGGUAGAGUUGAGCAUUCUUGAAACAGAAUUCCCUACAGACAGUGAUCCACAGACAGAAGCUGUGCUGCAUGUCUCUGCAGAUCUAAGACAUGGAUCUCCACAAAGCUCUCCAGCUAAACAGAAGCUUCUCGUGAUGAAGCCAGACAUAAAUGAUGUUUCUUCUGGGGACAAGGUGAAGUUCGUUUGCCCAUUGUUCCUUAAGCCAGAGUCUGCUGCACCAAAACCUGACAGUACAGAAAAGCCUGUUCAAGCAGAGCCUCAGCAAGCCUUUGUCAGCACCGCCAAGGGUACAGCCUACAGUCCGUCCCCAUCUGAUGGAGCUGUGACUCCAGCACAGGUGAAGGUUUGGGAGUUGACCCACACGCCAAAUGACACGAAGAACAAUCUCCAGAUGAAACUGAAGCUGACUUCACCCGAGAAAAAGCUGAUGCGCCCUUGUACGGUCCAAUUGGUGAACAUGCUCACUGUGCCUGAGUCAGAGGCUAGACCUCCGUUUGAUGGCGCUAACAGCAAAACAAGAUUUCCUCUGCCCAAAGAUCUGCGUCAACACCAGGGUCUUCACACUGGCCACCGCCUCUGCUGCUUCACCUCAUGUGGAAAUGGUAUCUGGCGGCUCCGGAAGUGCGUCACCCACUCCCGUGACGGGUACGCUUGCAACGUCUGCCAAAAAACGUUCAAGAGGCGGAAGAUUCUCCGGCGGCACGAGCGCUUCCACACAGGUGAAAAGCCGUACCCGUGCUCCAAGUGCUCUAAGACGUUUGCACUCCGAAAGAGCCUCCGCCGCCACUUAAGGUUCCACACGGGGGAGAGACCGCACACCUGCACGCAGUGCGGCAAAAGCUUCCGUCUCCGAGAAAAUCUGAAAGCGCACCUUAGGUUUCACACCGGAGAGAAGCCUUUCAGCUGCACCACUUGUGGCAAGACGUUCAGGAUCACAAGAAACCUUGAGAAACACAAACUCAGCCAGUGUGGAUACUUUGUCCCUUCAUUCAGAGCGAUUGCUGGCAUUAAGUUGUGAAAAAAACAGACGUUGGCUGAUUUCACCAUGGUUGCACCCUUUACUACCUCAUACUGAAAACACUGUAUAGCUGUUUUAACAUAUAAACUCUAGACAAAGCCCUGCCCCGAAUCCAACACUGUCUGGAGUUGCCCUUUCACACAUGUAGCACACAACAAGAGAUUGUCCGUGUCCGAUGCUUUCUCACCUACUGGAAACACUCAGUUUGGUUUAGGUGAAGGGUGGUGCCUGGCUAGAGCGUGCAGCAGGCAGGAUAUGAUGCAGAAAAUAUACUGUAGUUGUAAUUAAGCAUUUUUAAACAUUUUCACCAGAAAUCAAUUGGCUUUUAUUUCCUAUUUGUGCUAGCUUCACAUCGCAGUGUUCAGGCCCAGUCAAAACAAUCUUAGCUUAGCUGGCACCACUGUUUGUCUGGCACCAUCUGCAUGAUAGAAAAGUUAUCAACACUCCCACUCACUUGUGAAUUCCCUGGCAAAUGAGCUGCUGUAUUCACACAUGGGCUCCAACUGACAUUAUACAAAUGUUGUACUAAUUAACUGGCAGAAUAAGGUCUGUUAAUGCCCGGUCCAACUGAUUUAAACAUUAUUUCACACAUACAGCUCCCCCAGGUUAUGUCUGUAAAACUUCAGGCUUGCAGUGCAUGUGUUAACGGGCCUUAUGGCUAUUGUAGACAACUGUUGUGUAACGUUGAGAUAAGAACAGUAAAAGUCAGAAGAGAAACAGAAACUACAAUCCAGACUGCUUCCUGAGAUUCAGAGUCAUUCCAUAAAGGUUUUAUUUUAAUAACAAAUAUGUAGGGUUGGAACAUGAUGGGGUUUGUAAAAACACAUACUACUGAUGUUUUAUUUUCUUUGUUUAUUAUUCCUUGCCAUAUCUUAUCAUCUUGUGAUUGUGGACCAAUAGUAUGACUGGACAGAGUGCAAGAGUGUCAGUUACUCAACACUUUAGCAUUAGAGCUUAAGAGAAAAAAAGCAACAUGUUUGCAAGGAGGUCUUCCCACCUCCCACCAUUAACCAGGUAUAUAACCAGGUAUAUUUUUUUAUAUCUAUAUUUCUGUUAUUCUUUCUCCUUUUGUUUUGUAUUCAUGUUAUGAUUACUGGAUGUAUGCAGACUUCUUUCUUUUCCUGUCCUUGAUGUUUAAGUGUAGACAAUGCUGACU